AUGGGAAAUUCGCAAUCAUCAUGCUCAGGCUCGAGCUCGAGUGCCGAUGCGCAGGCCAACGUCGAGCAGAUCAUCCAGAGUGAUGCCGUCGUCGUGUUCGCCAAGGUCAGCUGUCCUUAUUGUGCAGCCACGAAACGUCUGCUGCGCAAGAAAGGUGUUAAAUAUACGGCCAUCAAUGUCGAUGUCACAAAGGGUGGAACAGCCAUGCACAGCGCUUUGAAGCAAAUGACGGGUCAUCGAACGGUACCUUCCAUAUUCAUCGGGCAGAAGCACAUUGGCGGCAAUAGCGAGAUCCAGUCAAUAAAUAAGACUGGUGAGCUGGACCACCUGUUGAGAGAUGCUCGCGCGAUAUAA